AUGGACUGUCGUGCCUCAUACCCCAUACAAUCAGCACCUGAUGUGUCGCCAGCCUCGACCACAUCCUCCGCUCAAGCUUCGGACAGACCCAACACGCCUCAGUUGCCUCGAUACGUUCAUGCCACCGAGAACGGAGCAACUUCAAAAGGCCGUACUCUGAUCAUCUGUCUGGAUGGCACUGGCGACAAAUUCGACGGCGAUAACAGUAACAUCGUACAUCUCGUCAGCUGCCUCAAGAAAGACGAUCCCCACCAGAUCACUUACUACCAGACUGGUAUUGGCACAUACAACAAUGGAGGAUUGAGCAACGGCAUCGCUGCUGCUGUUGAUAUGGCAGUUGGCAGUGGUCUCGGUAUCCACGUGCGAGAUGCCUAUCGCUUUCUCAUGCAGACUUACCGUGAAGGCGACAAGAUAUGCCUCUUCGGCUUCUCGAGAGGUGCAUACACUGCCAGAUGCCUAGCUGGCAUGCUCCACAAAGUUGGACUUCUCCCCAAGCACAACCGAGCUCAGGUACCAUUUGCCUACAAGUUCUACAAAGACGACACUCAGAAAGGAUGGGACAUGAGUCACGACUUCAAGCGGACUUUCUGCAUGGAUGUCAACGUCCACUUUGUCGGAGUAUUCGAUAGUGUCGCCAGUGUGGGUCUUAUCCCGAGGAAACUGCCAUUGAGCAGUACACCAAGGAACAAGCCAAGCUACUUCCGGCAUGCCAUGGCCUUGGAUGAGCGCAGAGCGAAGUUCAAAGUAUGCCGUUACCAGCANAAAGACCAUACGGACCCCGACGCCAAAUGGGUCACGAAAGCAGCCACUGAAGGACAAUCUCAAUCGCCACGGCAGAGGCUCGAGUCCAGCAGCACUGCUGACACCUACACUGACUAUCGCCCAGAUAGGAUGAGAAAAGACUCUUAUGCAUCCAAGCCUGUGCGUGAAGCCGACUGCCUCGAAGUUUGGUUCUCAGGCUGUCAUGCCGAUGUAGGCGGCGGCGCUGUACUCAAUGAAGAGCGCCACAAAGCAUCUCAAAUCCCACUCCGAUGGAUGAUACGUCAAUGCUUUGAGUGCAAUGCAGGCAUCAUCUUUGAUACACACCGACUAGCUGAAGAAGGUCUCGAUGUCCACAUGCUUUACCCUGUCUACCAAAGACUCGAGAGACCCACAGUUGGCCCCUCCCCAAACACAAUGGAGAAGUACCACCAAGGUGAGCUGGCACCGAUCUCUCGCCGCUCCACUCUUCUAGAAGCUCAAAACAGCAACCACGAAAACGGUCUCUACAACCUCAACCUCUACGAAGAUACAGAAACAUGCAAGAGAUCUGAGCAUUGGAUGCCGGAACAAAUUGAAGACUACUUUGAUGCUAUUGCACCAAUUAACGACCAACUCGUGCAAGCAAAGUCCUGGUGGCUCUUGGAGUUGUGGCCAAUCAAGGUUCGCUUCCAGUCAAAGGACGAGGACACUUGGAUCAAGAAAGUGAGGAUGAACUUGGGAAGGCACAGAGCUGUGCAAGAACCAGAACCAAAUUUACAUUGGACUGUGCAGCAGCGGAUGUUGGAUACUGGAUACAAGCCACAAGUCAGAUCGGGUAGGGGUGCAGCUUGGAGAUUUGUUGUUUAG